UGUUACUACAGCAACUGUAACGUCAUGAGAAAUGUCGUCAACAUGAAUAUAGAUAGAGGUUAUCUGGCUAUGAUUUAAAUUGUUACCCAUAUAGAUAGAGGGAAGGGCACUUAAAUAUCAGGCAGGGAUAAAUUUCAGUUUUCUGAUUAAAAAUGGAACUAAUUUCAUCGCCAAAUCCUCAUUUUAUACCAGGGUAUACGGGAUUUUGUCCACAAUAUAAAUAUCGUUUGGGUGACACUUAUGGUACGACAACACAUAAAGUGCUGCUGGAUCCGACUGUACAUCAUGCCGAAAAGUUAGUGCUAUCCGACAGAAGUGCUGAUGAUUAUCAUGCCUACAGUCCAGCAACAAGAGAUAUAGAUAUAGUAAACGAGAGACAUGGAGAUACCAUUUAUAAACAUCCAAUGAUACCUGGAUAUGAAGGAUUUGUUCCAAGGGAACAUGGCAAAUUUGGACAAAGAUUCACAAUACAAGCACUGGAAGCAUUGUCGGAUUUUGAAAAAGCGCAAAUGGCGCAACGAGAAGCUUUUAACCAAAUAACGAAGUUGGGAUAUCUGCAAGAUAAUAGAUGGGAUCCAAAAACAUUAGAAGAAAAAGAGCUUGCUCAAAGUCAAUUCAAAUUGCCGUUAUUAGAAGUGAGACCAGAAUGCGGUGGCCUUUUAAGAAAUUUACCCGUAACCGAACCACCGCUAACCCCUCCGAGUCAAUCUGUUAACCCCUAUUUUGCGGAUAUCGAGGAUCCCGAGAAGUAUCUCAAAACAGGAUUUACUGGUCAUGUUCCAUUUGGAUAUGCAUCGUUUGGGAAAACGAACCAAGCUAUGACAAAUAGCGCUCUGUGUGAUUUUACUGCAAAUUAUAGAAAAAGAUUGAGUAAUGAAUGGGCGCCAGUUCAAAUAGACCGACCUAACCCUCCGGUCUUAAUACAACCUACGGAAAUUUAUCAUAAACAUAUUGGACAGUUACCAAAUUACGGUGGACACAUUCCUGGAGCAAUAUUCAGAUAUGGAAAAACUUAUGGAAACGAUUCAAGAGAUGCGAAAAGGUGGCUUAGAGGAGAUUACUCUACAUAAAUUCACUGUGAUAUAAAGUUAUGUAGAAAAUUCUUUGAAGUUAAUUAAAUUUAUGUUUUUCGAAA